CUAAUUAUCAUAUUGGCGUCGCGAUGGAGCCUGCGAUACAACAGUUGGACAUUCAUUCAACUUCUGAAGCUUGUGAGGAUUACCUUGAAAGGUUUGAGAUAUGGAGCAUGACCAAGAAAGAUAUGAAGGGUGACAAAAUUGUGGCACAUUUUCUUACAUUCAUCGGUCAAGAAGCCUACAGUUUAUUAAGCCGAUUUCACUCCCAUAUACAACUCUCAAGGAAUUACUAUUAAACCAUGUGAAGUGCACCAGUUUUGAGUGUCGUGAGAGAGCAAAAUUCCAUAAGAUGAUUCGUCAGGAUAACCAGAAGGUUAAAGACUUCAUCCUUGAAUUGCAAAGACAAGCUUCGAAAUGCAAUUUUGGUGAUCAGCUUCAUGUACAGUUGAGAGAUCGGUUAAUUGCUGGAAUUAACAUACCAGGUCUGGAGAAGGAGCUGUUAAGAAUGCCGAACUGUUCUUUUCAAGAUGCUAGAACUGCAUGUAUUAACUACGAAGCAGUGAAUGUACUUGAUAUUCAAUCGAUGAAAAUUUCUAAUACUUUGCUUAGUCGUCAUGAUGAAUUACAAUCUCAGGGUCGAUCAAAUUUGCGUUCGUUUAAUCGUGAUUGCUAUUCCCGUGGAAAUAUGAAAGGUGGUUUAACAAGGAACUGCAAAGCAAACAACAAAGAUAAUUAAUAAUAACUCGCUCU